UAUAGCAUACAUUAAGAACAGUAUAUCUAGAGGAACUUGAACACACCAACACGUCAUAUUUCCGACUUCCGCAGUAGAUGAAGGUGUGGUUUACGAGAAGCACCUGAACGCAGCACAACAUUACCAACACUCCGGCGGCUGGGAACUGACAAGAUGCAGACUAUAAAGUGUGUGGUGGUGGGUGAUGGUGCUGUGGGUAAAACUUGCCUCCUCAUCUCGUACACCACCAACAAGUUUCCCUCUGAAUACGUCCCCACGGUUUUUGAUAACUAUGCAGUGACAGUGAUGAUCGGCGGGGAGCCGUACACUCUGGGACUCUUUGACACAGCAGGUCAGGAGGACUACGACAGACUGCGACCCCUCAGCUACCCUCAGACCGACGUCUUCCUCGUCUGUUUCUCCGUCGUAUCACCUUCUUCUUUUGAGAACGUCAGAGAGAAGUGGGUGCCGGAGAUCACGCACCACUGCCCGCGGACGCCCUUCCUGCUGGUCGGGACUCAGGUGGAUCUGAGAGAUGACAGCAACACUCUGGAGAAACUGGCCAAGAACAAACAGCGAGCCCUGACCUGUGAGAGCGGAGAGAAACUGGCCCGGGAGCUCAAGGCCGUCAAAUAUGUGGAGUGUUCAGCUCUGACGCAGAGAGGACUGAAGAACGUGUUUGACGAGGCCAUCCUGGCCGCUCUGGAGCCUCCAGACAACAAACCCAAGAAGCGCUGCGUCCUCCUAUAGACGCCACGAGAGGAAGAGGAGGUGGACGGGAAGAGAGGGCGGGGGAGUACCGGGAGGAGGGGGGGAGGGUGUGAAGGUGGACGAGUUAGACACAUGUUGAAACAGUGCCUUCAGCCGUAGAGACCUAACGUGGGUGUGGUGUUGGAACAGACGGGCUUUAUUUUCAUCAUAGAUUCGUGUCGAUGUAAUGUGACUAACACAUGUGGACAACACUCCUCAUUAACCAGGAAACAGGGUUUAAACUGUGGAGGCAGGUGGAGCGAGGAUAGAGAGGAUGGAGUCACGCAGUCACAGCUGACACAGAAGAGUUUCAAUCUUUUCUUGCAUCAAGUCCAGUCCAGAGAACUGAUGUGAUAUAAAAAUGAUGUUAGCCACCAAAAAAAAAAUAACAAAAAAAACAACAAAUUCCUCCAGCGAAACCAAAAGACCACCGACGUAAACAUGACCCAGUUGGUGAGCAACUCUCCCUGCAGCUCCGAGGUUCAUCUGGAGUUCAGCAGUCAUGUUUGCUCGAGGGUUUUCAGUGUUGGUGCCUUUAAAAAAAAAAAAGAAAAACAGUGGUGACUGUAAGCGGACUCCAUCCGUACGGGUGGAAGGAUUCAAAUGACUCGGAGCGGAACUGGCAAAUUUAGAGAUUCAGCUUGAGUUUAACUGACCUUGGUUUUGCGAUCAAGAGGAAAUACAAACAUACAAACGUAUAAAAACGGAUGCACAGGCAGUAAUUUAAAGGGACAGUUCACCCUGAACGUAUUUUCUUACCUGUCGUCUAUUUAUCAGUCUAGAUUGUUUUUGGUGUGAGUUGCAGAGCGUUUCUCUCAAAUAUGAAACUUGAUGACGCUUUGAAAACUCAACAGCAACGUCUCUGUCCAGAAACCACAACCUGUGUGGUGCGAAGUUUCAUGAAGGAACUAUUUUCUUUCAGCCACCAACCGGAUCACUGCACUGGGACGAAAUCCUGCAUCGACUCGAGGUCGUACUUGUGACGGGACGGGAUGUAAACGUUAAUGCCAUCUUUGUUGGCUGAGCUGCACUGUUAGCUAGCUUAUUUAGCUAGCCUCUGUGCUGCAUUAUGUUGAGGAACUAGGUCAUGAUUUCUGAAAAGAGACAUUAAAGAGAAGGCCGACAUCUCUACAGCGAUAUUUCCAAAACUCUGCAACUCAAACCAAAACAAUCUUGAUGAAUAAACAGCACUACAGUUUGGAUUUUAGGGUAAACUGUCCCUUUAAAACUGCAAAGAUUUGAUGCAAAACAACAAAUUUGGACGUAAUAAUAAAACAUUUAAUUGUUAUUCUAUCUUUGCUGAAAAUCCUUUUCUCUGCAGUCGCGCUGCUCUUUUUUUUCCACUCUCAGACUCUACUGUCUCAUCAUCAAUAAAUCAAUACUACAUUCAUUCAGACACAAAAACAUGCUGGUAUCAAACUAACGGACUGUCACAGAGACGAGUGGCGGGCUGCGUUCAUGGCGCCGACCAAACUGCCUUGUUCCUUUUCGAGUAUUGAAAAACGUCUCGUCAUUCGAUAUCUAAUUUCAUUAUCUGAGGAGUUGAUCUCAUCACCGUCAGUCAGUAAUCAUGCAGCAAAAAACACGAGGCUACACCCGGAGACGGGACUCAACACGCGAGUGUGGGAAGUGAAAGUUUUUGUUAAAGCGUCUCUCAUAAAAUUUGGCAUCGUUCAGGAACCGAUAGCAAAGUCGAGACAUCCUGAGGCCGUCAGAUAAUCUGCUGAUGAAGACGAGUGAAAGCCCAGAAUGAAACUUUUCUCCAAGAGUAGAAGAAGAAAACACUGAAAUUGAAAGAUCUCAGUUAAAAGGACACUGAAACGAUGUUUAAAGUGGCUUCAUGUUGCACCUUUUGAACACAAAAACCUUCAGACGCCUUAAUUUCACUGCAGCAUUGACGCUUGUUAAACGUGUGUGGUGAAUCGAAACCUCCGGCUGCUGCAGCAGUCGACUUAACUUAACUGCCUUAGAAUAUAUUAAGUUUUCUUACUCGAACGUCGCUGCCUUAUCGCUUAAAGUCUAAGUCUGCAUGGUGAAACUGUGAAAUAAAACAUUGCGUGCUUCAAGUUGUCACCACGUUGUGUCCAGAGCUGUUGUGUAGAGAGUUGCGACAACAGAAGUCCAAAAUGGUGAUCGUAAUGAUCCACAGAGACUUCGGAUGGUUCCAGGAAGUUCUCAGCAAUCAAUUUUGAUUAUGAUCGAUUAAUUAACAGCACUGGGCUGCUCCUCGUUGCAGCCAACGUUAAGGAAUUAUUCACAGGCUCCACCAGCCGCCAAUGUUUGAAAAAAACAUGGAGUAAACACGAUGACGCGACUGUCUACUCAACUUAAAUAUGGUCACUCAAGUUCUCAAAAUACGACCGUGAAGCAGAAAUGAAAACCCUCGCUGUGAGUUUACAGUCAGGCUAGCUGUUUCCCCCUGUUUCCAGUCUUUAUGCUAAGCUAAGCUAACCGGCUUUGUAUUUACCCCCUGCUGACCUUCCCAGUUCAGCCGGGGAUCUGACUCCGUGGCUUCAGUUCCUUUUUUCGAACACAAAUCUAAAUGUAAAGUCGGACCUCAGCGGCUCUCCCUCUUCAGAUAUCCGUGUGGACUAAACCGUUUAUUAAACUGUUGAAUGGGAUCUAAACAUUUCACACACGACCUCCUCUGAUCGUCCUAUCCUGCGUCUCCUGCGUCUCCUCAGUCCCUGACUGGAACCUCAAGUGCCCGACGGUGUGUUAGCACCUCCUGGAGGCCUUAAAGGGGAAUACCGCUCAGUUUAAAGGUUCAUUUGUGUCGUCACAGUGGCCAGCAGACAGAUUCAUUCAAAAGUCUCAGCUGAACCCCAGAAAUUUUACCUAUAAUAUCAUCUUGUGCUGUUAGAUUUCUUAAAAAAACAAACAAAAAUCAAGACGUUUGACUUCCCUCUCUUCUUUUCUUCCUAGAUAAUCUGUAAACAAUCACUUAACUGGUUCUCUGAGGACGAGUUUCACUGUUUAAUGAUGAUAAAUCAGACAAUAUUAUAGUUUCUGUGUCAUUAAUACUGAUGUUGGACCACAGAAAGAACCAUUGAAAUCAUUAAACUGAAGGUAUUCUCUAUUAAAAUGAACUAAAAAUUCCACUUUGCUUAUUUUUUCUUCCCGUGUUUUUGGAGAUUACAGUUUAUUCUGAUAAUGUAUGGAUGAUUACAAGUAUUAUUAUUAUUAUUAAAUAUAUUUUCUUUGCUCCCAUAUUGUUUCCUGGGGAACAUUUAUUUUAGCAGAUUUUGUUUUCGGACACUUGAGUUUUUAUUUUUUCUUUUCUUUUUAGAUAUUUGUACUAUUACUUGACAGUUGAGUGCCAACGGUUUGAGAGAGAGAAUCGGCCUCGCUCGGCCGGCUCUGACGGACUUUUACGAUCCUCGUGAUAAGCUUCUAGUGGCAGAAACAACACAACAUGAGAACAGCUGGAGCAAUAAAUACAGAUGUGGACAACUGCUCUGUAUCAGAAGAUGUAUGUUGGACCUGGUGGGUGUUUGGAAAAUAAUAAAAACAGUACUUGAAUGUUG